AUUUCCCAGCAAACCGGGAGUCCGUGAAGUGGUCUAAAAGUUCGUCAACAAGCCGCCAGGCAGAGCCCGGAGUUCUUCCUCCUCGGUCCGGACCGCCUGUUACCGCUUCAUCGAGCCACAACUUGGCGAAGACCGACCCUUCCUAUCGAGUGGAAGCGGAGCGAAGAGAUGCCGCUGCUCCACAGAAAGCCCUUCGUCCGGCAGAAACCUCCGGCGGACCUCAGGCCGGAGGAAGAAGUGUUUCUCUGUAAAAUCACCCACGAAGUCUUCAGGACCUACGACGAGUUCUUUGAGAGGACCAUCCUCUGUAACAGCUUAGUGUGGAGCUGUGCACUGACGGGGCGAGCGGGCCUCACCUACCUGGAGGCUGUGGAGAGCGAGCGACGGGCCAGACACAGUCUGCAGAGCUUCCCUCAGGCCCUCGUAGUGCCGCUGCUCCACCUGGCCGCCCUGAGCCGCCGCUGCAGGCUGUCAGAGCUCUGCGAGGAUGUUUACGCCUUUGUCAAAGAUCGUUUCUUCCCGGGAGAAACGGUGGACGUCAGCGGGCGCAACGGAGCCAGGCGGGUGUGCGAGAUUGUGCAGGUACUCUCGCCUUCGUCAUUUUCUAACAGAACGCCACCCCCCGUCAGCCAGAGCAAGCGGGCGGACAGCGACACCAUCGUUAUCAGCGACAGCGACGAUGAAAGGGACGUCUUUGAGAGUCCCACACAGCUCAACGGUGGAAAGAAGAAGCCCCUGAAUCCAUCCGCAUAUAAUUACAAAGUCCGGCUGGUCAAAGAUGAAGGCAGUGAACCUUUCACAGUCAAAGCCAAUCAGAUCAGCCGUAAGAAAUCUGUGCUAUCCAGAGAACGCCUUAAGCUCCUCUUCAAGCAUCAUUGUGAACCUCAGAAGGGCAGCAUCAUUCUGAAGCCCUCCACAGUGAAGCAGUACAGGCUCUCUGAACAGACCUUCUCUCAGUUCUUCCCUGAGGACCCCCCACUAUUCAGCCCCCCCUCUAAUGGCUCCCCGGGACAGGCGACAUCAAUAAACGUGCUGGAAGAGAAGCUUAAGUUGCUGCAGAAACGAGAGGAGAUGGCUGCUGCAACCCAUGAGAAAGCACGGCUGAAGAGGGAACGGGAGGAGGUGCAGGAGGCCAAAAGGAAGGAGCGAGAGGACAAGGACAAGCUGAGGGAGGAACAGAGACUAAGAUUUGAGGAGGAGAAGCAGAGGAAGAGGAAUGAACGGGAGCUCAGGAAGCUAGAGAAGGAGAGGGAACGAGAGAAGCUGAAAGAAGAGAAGAAGAAAUAUGCUCAACGCCUGAGGCUGUUAAACCAACCCAGAGAGGAUAUGGAGUGUGAAGACCUGAAGGAGCUACCCAGCCCGGUCCCUGUGAAAACCCGACUCCCUGCUGAGCUCUUUGGAGAAGCUCUGAUGGUUCUGGAGUUUCUGCGAGCUUUCGGUGAACUUUUUGACCUGAAAGACGAGUUUCCUGAUGGAAUCACUCUGGAGGUUCUGGAGGAGGCUCUGGUCGGCAAUGACCCAGAAGGACCUCUGUGUGAGCUUCUUUUCUUCUUCCUGACGGCCAUUUUUCAGGCUCUGGAUGAGGAGCAGGAGGAGGUGGCUAAAGAUCAGGCUGAAGGCCUGUGGGAGGCCCUGGACGAUGACUCGGAUCCCACUCAGUCAGCUCUGACCGCUGUGGCCUCGCUGGCUGCAGCCUGGCCUCAGCUGCAUCAGGGUUCUGGUCUUAAACAGCUGGAUUUGGACAGCUGCACGCUGUCUGAAAUCCUUCGCCUCUACAUUCUGGCCUCUGGCGCCGAUUGUAACCACAACAAUGCUAAGUUCCGGUACCAAAAACAAGGCGGCUUCACCGUCAUGGACGACCCGUGUGUGAACCUGCGGUUGUCCGAUCCGGUCCUGGUGAAGAAGCUGUCCUGCACUUCGGUUUAUGACCUCACACCAGGAGAAAAGCUGAAGAUUCUUCAGGCUCUGGUGGGGAAGCUGCUGACUUUAGCAUCGAGCAGAGAUCUGAUUGAAGACUGCGUGGACGAACAGAAGGCAGCUAAACAGGAGCUCCGAGAGAUCAGAGCUGAGCAGCACCGCAGGAAGCGGGAGGAGACAGCGCUGAGGGCUCGUCUUCGGAAAGAGGAGAAGCUGAGGGAUCAAGAACUGAGAAUGAGGGAGAAGGAGGAGAAACUGAAGGAGCAGGAGGUGAAGGAAAGAGUCCUGGCUAAUGGGGAAACAGCUGCUGAGGCGCAGGGAGAACUUUCUGGAAAGAAUGGGAAGGAAAACGCUUUAUCCAGCAGCAUGAAAACAGCCAAAGGAAGCCAAAAUGAAGAACAUCAGCAAACACAUUCUGACUCCAAGUCCUCCGGCCUCGUUUUCAACCUGAGCACAGAGGAGCUGGACCAGGAGCAAGAGAAGGUUCGACAGCUGCUGGAUCGGAUUCAGAAGGCGGCGGCCUGCACCUGCCUGCUUCCUCUGGGUAAAGACCGGCUGUUCCGAAGAUACUGGAUCAUCCCCUCUGCCUCAGCUCUGUUUGUGGAAGAGGACUUCUUCGGACUGACAGAGGACAUGCUGAAGCCGCGCCCCAAACCUGAAGACGCUGCAGCUGAUGAGGUGGAUCAAAACAUGGAGGAGGAGCCAUCAAGUACCAACGGUUGUUCGGACCCUGACCUCCCCAGUGCUCCGGUGAACCGGCCCAACCAGUGGUCCUUCUACGGCUCAAUAGAGGAGGUGGAUCAACUGAUCGAAGCUCUGAACCCUCGAGGUCACAGAGAGGGCUCCCUGAGGGAGGCGCUGCUGCAGGACAGAGACAAGCUGCAGCAGUUGCUGCAGAACUGCGACCGCAGCAGAUACAGGCUGCAGCCCACACAGACCGGUGAAGAAGAGCUGCCAGCUUCUUCUGCAUCAGCAGAUACCCUGAUGGAAGUGAGAUUAAGAGACCUGCUGCUGGACCUGGAGGACCGCAUCCAUCAGGGAUCCCUGGGGACUUUGAAAGUGAUGGACAGAAAGGUUUGGCGCACUGAGCUGGAGGAAGGAAACUACGAACUUCUGGGAUCUGAUGCCAAAGAAAACGGCAUGAUGAAUGGUCAGGCGGAGCCGUGGGAAGUGGACUCGGCUCACCUCAGAACCAGAGAGAGGUGCAAUGACAGGCUGCAGGAGCUCCGCUGCGAAGCCUCGGCCACCUGUGGGACCAGCGGCAGCACCACUCCUCAGGCCAUCAGCAGCGUGGUGCGAGUUCUGGCUCAGGCCCUCAGUCACGUUGAGCAAGGCAUUGAGAGACGCUUCCUUAAGCCUCCUCUGGGUGAUGAAGACUCAAAAAAAGACCUGAAAAUGAGGAAGAGCAAGAAGAAGGAAGAUGACCAAGCAUCCGAUGACGGAAGCAGUGACGGUGGGCGUGUCAUUAAGACUGUUCUGGAGCGAUGGAGGGAGUCUCUGCAAUCCUGCUCCAGCUUCUCCCAGGUGUUCAUCCACCUGUCCAGUCUCGAAAGGAGCAUUCGCUGGUCCCGUUCGGUCCUCAACGCCCGCUGCCGCCUCUGCAGACGCAAAGGAGACGCAGACAGCAUGCUGCUGUGCGACGGCUGCGAUCGAGGACACCACACCCACUGUCUGAGGCCCCGUCUUAAGUGUGUUCCAGAGGGAUCCUGGUUCUGUCCCGACUGUCGACCCAAACAGAGAUCCAGCCGCGUUCCCUCCCGACAGCGCUCCUCUGUAGACGAGAAAGAGGAGGAGGACGAAGAGGAGGAGGAUGAAGAGGAGGAAUCAGAAGAGGAAUCUGAGGAGGAAGAUGAGGAGGAGCAAGAAGAGGAGGAGGAAGAGGAGGAAGCUGUGAGCACCAAGAAGAGCCAGGCUGCCCCCCCUAGAGGCAAAACCCUUCAGGCCACGCCCAGAGGUCAACAAGCUCCGCCCAGAAACGGAGCUGCUUCAUCAGGAAAAACCUCUGCUGCCUCCAGAAGCUCAGGGAAGAAGGCCUCUGCUUCUAACGACAGAGCGGCGUCCCGCUCAGGACAGCGUGCCGGUGCCCGCCUCAGUAAUGAGACCCUCCCUCCAAAGAGCAGCAUCAGAACCUCACCGGGUCAGAGAGACGUCAGCAAGAGGCCCUCAGCAGAAGCUGCGCCUUCCAAACCAUCAAAAACAGUCCUCCCAGCAGCCUCCUCAUCCUCCUCCAGUCGGCGCUCCUCAGGGAGGAAUCAGGGAGUCCAUGAGCUGUCUGCCUGUGAGCAGCUGACGGUUGAGCUGGUCAGACAUGAGGACAGCUGGCCCUUCAUGAAGCUGGUGUCCAAGACUCAGGUUCCUGAUUACUAUGACAUCAUCACACAGCCCAUAGCUCUGAGCACCAUCAGAGAGAAGGUCAACAACUGUCAAUAUCAGACCGCAGGUGACUACAUCUCAGACGUGGAGUUGAUGUUCUCCAACUGUCUCCAGUAUAAUCCCCGUCAGACCAACGAGGCCAAGGCCGGAGUCCGCCUACAGCAGUUCUUCCACUCCGAGCUCAACCGCCUCGGCCUCAGAGAACGCUGCUCUGCUCCGCCCACCAAGCGCUCCCGGCAGUGACCUCUCCACCCUCCGCUCCCUGCUGGCUCCUGGGCCUGGAAAAGCAUCGGUGUGGUUUGAAGGUGUCCUUUGAUGCAAGCUGUGAGAGAGGGUGCCCAGAGGGGAAAUGGGAAUAAAACAUGUUUUUUUAUAUAUAAAAACUUCCAGCUACAGCAGCUCUGACUGGAGAGAAUUACUUCUGUUCACCUGCUAUGAGGUGAAACCUUU